CAGUUCGUAGUUACAUCAGGGACAAUUUUGGUCAAAUGACCUUUCAUUUAUUUCAUUAUGAUAGGCAGAUUUCAAAGCAGGAUAUAACAUAUGCAUGCCUUACAUAGCAGGAUGAAGAAAUUGAAAUAUACCAGGUGACUAGAAUAGCACACCAUUGAAGACUCCAUGAAGGUAUUUGUUGCAUUUCUACUUUGAAUGCAUAUUAUAGCAUGUUGUACAAUGUACUUGGCAAACUGCAGUGAAAUACCAGUCGUGGACGCAUUUUUUUCUUUGUGGAUGCAAAUGAAAAACACAAUUGAAAAGAAUAUAUGAAUAAUCAAGACACCAAAGUUGGUGCUUAUCUCAUUAAAUUUUAAACCAUCAUGCCACUUUAGUACAAAUGACCUUUCUCUGAUCAUGCGCAGAAUCUUCUGAUCAUGCGCAGAAUGGAACUACGAACUGGCUUAUUGGACUUUACCACAGAGGGCGCCCUUGUUGGUAGAGGUCACCCUUCAUGUUUUUAAGCUUUUACUUUCCCCUUGAAUUACACAUUGACAAAUCAUUUCUUGGUAGUGAAGCAAUAUCGCCUGAGUAACUUAUGAUAAAAAUAGAUAUAAGUGUAACAUGUUCUCCAUCUGUAAAUACUGCGUUUUUCCAUGGGGAAACUGAGCAAUUGCUUCAAAUCAUUUACGUCAAUAUCUCAAAAUACAACAAAAACAAAAUUUUUAGGAGUUGUGGGGCCUAAAAUAUGCACAUACAUAAUCUGCAAUUGAUUACAAAGGAAAACUUGAGAAAGAGAAUAGUUUCGAGAGGGUUCGAUAGAUUGAAAUAAAAUGCUUAAUAUCUCAACUUGUGCAAAAUGUAGAUGCUGCGUUUGUCCAUGGGGAAAUCUAAUAAGUUCAGUGUAGAUACUGCAUUUUGCAGUUACUGAAAAGUGGCUUUCCCUAUAGAAAUUUAGAAAACUGGAUGUGUCAUGUCAAAAAGGGUGGUUUACUGACUACUUUUUGUGAAAAAAGCCAAAUCAAAGAUCCAGUAACUAAACAUAAGCAUGCACAGGCAUACAUGCAUUCACGUAUAUAGCUAUGUCAUCCCCCUCCCCUAUGUCCUCAUUACACCACAAAACAAAACCAAGUACCCAUUGCCUUUCUAGAGCGAUGCAUCUGGGGGUCUUAAGAAUGUUUGACCGGGGAGCUAGGGGACGGCAAUAUGACUGAUCUUUUUUACACUCCUGUUAAAGAAAGUUUUGACCUUUUUUUGUAUUUAAAAAAAAUUAAAAAAAGAAGGCUUCUUCUUGCCUUUAUGCUCUCUUCGAUAUUAAUUAUGUUUAAAUUCCUAGAUGCGCAAAAGCUUAUUUGCCAUCAUAAAUAUAUUUUAAAAGUAAAGAUAUUUUAGAACAUUAGAUUAAAAGCCCUUUUAGAGGGGGUUGUCCUUUCGCCUCCGUCCCCUCUCCGUUCUCUUCUUACCACCAAAUAUAUAGCAAAAGACCCAGGUAGCCACGCCCCUGCAUUGCCUCAAGUUCCAAACCAUCAUGACCAUCUUUUUUUUUUCUAGAAACACUCAAUACAUCGCCCCGAUGGAUUAAGCGCAAUGUAAUGAAUGUGCAAAAAAGUAUGAACUAUUUGCAAACAAAAUGGCAUACAAACCGAAGUAUUACCGAAAAUGUGGCAUUAUGUUGAACAAACAUUUUAUAAUGUAUUGAAAGGGGGGCAUUUUGUUUUAUAUGUGCCAUAACAUUCAUUGCUUCCUAAGAGAAGUGUUGAAAUAUUACACCUACAAGGAAAUGAUUAGCAUUUGAGAAAUGUCCGGUGCUAUUCAAUUAGUAACCAGGAUAACAGGAACUAUUAGACACUUUUGUAUAUAGUAUUUCACUUCCAUAUUAAGUAUCGAUGAGAACAUAUUUAAAUAAGGAUAAAGGAGGCCGUGAAUAAAAAUCUGGUUUUCGUUUACAUUAGGACAUAUAUUUUACUUUCUGUUUUAAUUAUUGAAAUUAAAAUGUUAAACACAACUCAUCAUCGGGACUUAUGCCGUCUGCAGGAUAAUAUGUUUUAUAUAAACAAAUACAUACAUAAAACCAUUCUGUCAACUUGCCUUCAAAGGUGAUGCAUAUCAUCAAAGGACUAUCUGGUUGUGCUUAACUAGAGUUUAAAUCAUGGCAAACUGCUCAAGAAUAUAUUUCUUGCUCCUCGCUUGUCUCCUGAUUACUUUGUCCAUUCAACUUUCCAAUGUUCAUGACCGUCAUUUACCAACGAGAUCACCAACAGGAUCAUCAAAGGAAUAUGUGGAGGAAAGAAAUCAUGGAUGUGACCAAAGCUUUACACUAAAAACGGCUUCUUGUCGAAAUAGAGGCCUGAACAGCGUUCCUCAAAAUCUUUCUCAGGAUAUCGAGGUACUUGAUUUAGGACAUAAUAAUAUCACCAGGCUUUUGAAUGUCUCGUUUGAAUUAUACCCUCUUAUCAAUAACUUGGACAUUUCAUCUAACAAUAUAAGAAUAAUAGAAUCGGCCGCAUUUUACCCUCUGAAAGACUUAACAUCCCUCUAUCUUGACUACAACCCUGACCUUGUGCUUCCAGAAACAGGGGUUUUCAUGAUGUCUCAUCGGCUUUCUAUUCUUGAUUUAGUGGGAUCUAAGCUGAAAUCGCUGCCAAAUGAUAUCUUGAAGUAUAGCCAACAUCUAGGUCUGGUAGAAAUGUCGUUCACCCAGAUUUCCACUGUCAAUUUAACUUACUGUGGCAUGGCAAAUACGGUAGCGAUGACUGGUAAUAAAAUACACAACCUUACACUGAGUGAGUUCAUUUUUGCGUGCCAGACGUCUUCCUUAGAUCUAAAGGGAAACCCAAUUCAAACAGUUGACCCCGAUGUAAUCUCAUCGCUGCAUGUUCGCUCGUUGGAACUCGGUGAUUACCCUUUGAGUGACGACGUUGUGACAAACUGUAUCCUCGGAGUUUCAAAAUCAAGCAUCAAACAAUUGAAGAUUUUAAGAGGUUCUCUUGGUGCUUUUCCUGUAGGUAUCUUCGAUCCACUGCUUGAUUAUCCCCUCUACGUUCUUGACUUAGGAAAAAAUUACCUGACUGGCCUUCAUCCGAUGGUCUUCUCGAACUUGACACAAGUAUUGGAAUUGAGAAUUUAUGAAAAUGCUCUCUCUAUUCCAGAAAUUCGACCAGAUUUUUUCACGGGUAUGAAAGCGUUGACGGUACUGGUAUUACUGGAGAACCAAAUAAGGCAAAUAAAUCCUGACAAUCAGACUUGGUCGUUGAAACUAUCAGAGCUUUACCUGAUGGGAAAUCUCAUUUCAGAAAUAUCAGCCUACACAUUUCGUGGAUUGAGGAAUUUGACAACCUUGGAUAUGAGCUCAAACAAAUAUCUUUCCGUCUUUGAACUGACGGACGAGUCUGGACUUGACAGCAUUCACACCGUCUCCUUGUCUGGAAGUCGCAUAUCUGUUCUAGCAUUAAAAACCCCUUCUCUCAAAUCACUUUCUAUGAACUAUAUUCGUUCUGACUUUCUCCCCUUGCGGCCUGGAGAAUCCUUUCAACAUUUACAAUCCCUUAGUAAGUUAAACAUGGCAGAUUCUGCGAUUAGCCUGUUUAACAUAUGGGAUGCGACGACUAACACGUCCCUUUUCGACGGGUUAUUGAAUCUUAAUUACUUGAUUUUGAGUAAUAACCCAUUCCUGUCAAUAGUUGAUAUACCGCCUGGGGUAUUUCGGCGACUUUCUGCUUUAAAAGAGCUUUUCCUAGUCAACUGCUUCAUCAAAACACUACACCCUCUCGUUUUUUCUGGAUUAAGAUCGCUUCAAAAGUUGGAUUUGUAUGGAAACAACAUCCAGCAUCUUAAUGGCGGUGUACUCUAUAUGUUGGAACAAGUAGAAAGUAUCGACUUAUAUGGAAAUCAGAUCUCUUACAUCGAGGAAGUAACAUUCUCUAACAACGGGAAGCUUCACAGUCUUUCAUUGGCCAACAACAGACUGACACGUCUUAACCAAAGCACUUUCAAGCCGUUGUUUUCAUCAAUUUCAUCACUUGAUCUAUCAAAGAACCCAAUCAAUUGCAACUGUGAUCUCAAGUGGCUGGUUGAUUGGGUCAAUAAACGCCUGCACUUGAUAAACAUAGACAAAACCAUAUGUUCGUCAGCCUCUCUUGCCCAUCUUCGUGAGAAAAAUCUUCUUGAUUUUGAUGCAGAUAAACUUUGUAGAACCAACAUUGGCAUCAUUUCAAUAAUUCCGUUAGCAGUGGUCUGUUUCAGUGUUGUUACCAUUUUGGUCUGUCGUAACAAGUGGCAGUUGAAGUACAAAAUAUUUCUCUUGAGACUGGCUGUACUGGGAUACAAAGAAAAGCAAGAUGCUCGAGAGCACGAUGACUAUGAGUAUGAUAUGAACGUCAUCUUCUACGACGGCGACGAAGAAUGGAUUCAGGAUCAUCUUCGACCUGCUCUCGAAGAACACCUUCCACAGUUUCAGAAGAACUUGUUUGGUGAUGAAGACCUUGUCCCAGGCAUGCAUUACUUAGAUUCCGUAGAUUACGUGGUGACCCAUAGUUACAAGACCGUUAUCGUGCUCAGUAGAGCUGCUGUUCGUGAUCACUGGUUCAUUCUCAAGUUCCGUACGGCCAUGGACCACGUGAGUGACACACAGACGGAAUUCGUUCUGGUGGUCUUUCUUGAAGACAUCCCAGAUGACGAACUGCCCUUCUUGGUGAGGUUGUAUCUCAGUGAUGGCAGGCCUUAUAUCCACUGGACAGAAGAUGUGAGAGGACAAGGCUAUUUCUGGAAUGAACUAUCCAAAAACCUGACAGUUAAUUUAAGAAUGAAUGAUAUGAUCCCGAAUGAAUAGCGUCUGGGUAAAGAGUUGUUUUACAUGUUUUUUUUACUUGUUUUAUCGCUAAUUUAUGGAAAUAGGUUGGGGUCUUUUCGAUUAUUAAAAUGGUUUUGAGAGUGACAAACGUAAC